AUCAAGUUAGUGGCUGUGAUACGAUAUUUAUAGAUAAUGGCUACGUAGUCACCUGUCCGACGUCACAUGCGGGCACAAAGAAGGACUGUAUGUAUAGAUGUUUUCAAGGUUAUAAACCAGCCUCGAAGAGCGUUACUUGCGUAAGGAAGAAGUGGUUGACAAACGACACCUACAGUCAACCUUGUAUAAAAGAUGGAUCCAUUGUGAAACCUACAGCGAUGACCAAACCGCCAACGGUGACGACUACCAAGACUGCUCGUACAACGUAUCUGGGAUAUUAUGAUGAUCCAAAUCUCAAAAUGGAUGUUAGCCCUGUAGUUUUUGUAGGAGCUGUUAUUGGCGGUCUUGUUGUUUUAGGACUGCUUUUAUUUGCAAUAUUUUUCAGGUAAAUACACAUAUGUUUCAUCAUUAUUGAUUUGAAAUAUUUGAUUAUUCAACAUGACUCACUAUUGUUUUAGUGAAAAAAAUCUUUCGGCUUACGUUUACGUAUUUUUAAGUCAUAAUCCUGGACAAGCUAGUAUUAGGUUUAAGGUGAUAAACUUUUAUUGAGCAGUGUCUCGAAUCUCAGGAUUUUAAUUGGAUACUAUAAAUUCUGUGCUGGCUUGCACCAAUAACAUUACUGAGAUCUGAGUUUGAGCCUAGUAAAUAUCUUUAUAAACCAGGACCUGGGUUCAUUAUAGGUAAACUUUUCCAAGACGCUAUUUGAGCCUCAUC